GAGAUUCAAUCUCGGCCGCGUGGAACUCAAAGCUCCCCUUCGCACACAAUCCCCCACGCCACCAAGCUGCGAUCCAUCUGUCGAGGGUCGUGUGUCCUGCAUAUUUCAAUUAGCAGUUGAAGUCAAAAUACCGACCCCAUGCGAUUCUCCACGACAGCCAUUCUGGCCACUGCGCUGGGAUGGAUCGGAGCCGUGACGGCACAUAACAUCCAGCUCAAGGCACACUCAAUGGAAUGCUUUCACGAGCAGCUGCACAAGGAUGAUAAGAUGACCGUUACGUUCCAAGUGGGAGACAGGGAGUUUGGUGGCAGUGGAAACUUGGAGAUCGAUUUCUGGGUCGAGGAUCCCGUCCAAAAUCGUCAGUAUCACAAAACCGGUGUCUCUUCGGAAGACUACUCUUUCACGGCUCAUAUGGACGGCAAAUACGUCUACUGCUUCAGCAAUCUCGGUUGGACCUCGAAUACGAAGGAAGUAUCGUUCAACGUCCACGGUAUCGUCUACGUCCCGGAAUCUGAGUCGCAAGACCCAUUGGAGACUGAGGUCCGACGUCUUUCAGAACUGUUGACUCAGGUCAAGGACGAGCAGUCAUACAUUGUGGUUAGAGAGCGGACGCACAGAAAUACUGCGGAGAGCACCAAUGCUAGAGUGAAGUGGUGGAGUAUCUUCCAGCUGGCUGUCGUUAUCGGAGAGGGCGUUUUCCAGGUUUGGUGGCUCAAGAGAUUCUUCGAGGUCAAGCGCGUUGUCUGAUCGAUUAUCGAUCCAUGGCCCAUUCGCCAUUCUCAACAUGGAUUCAUUGGCGGUGUUGCGGAGUCUGGACCUCUCCCCAGAGGUGCAUCAGCCCAGCGGACCGCAGAAUCUGCAUAUCCCAGCAGAGUAUAUUCCGGUCCGAAAGCCCAAUGAUAUUUUGGAUGUAGUUUUAGCAAGAUUAAUUUUCAGUUUCAAUGAAAUCAACGGUUAUGAACAGGAGAACAGCACCCUGCGACUGUUAACAGCCAGCAGUAGUUAUACUUGAUCAAACGCAAGACAUGUGAUUGAC